CUUGUAUUUACUGGUAUCGUUUCAUCUCUAGGAAAGGCAGGAAAAACUCUCGUUGAAAAAUUAAAGUUUACGCAAAUUUGUAUUGGAAAUUUGUAAAACUUUUUGCAAAUAGUUUUAAAAACAGCUUGUGCAUUUCCGGAGUUAAAGUAACAGAAAAAGGAAAAUGUCGCAAGGUUUAACCUCGCUACAGGGCGGAUCCAACAAGGUGUUCAUACAACGUGAUUACAGCGAAGGCACCUCGGUCAAAUUCCACACACGACUCCCCAGCGAACUAGAAGGCCUGGUUGAGCGGCAGGUAUUUGAGUCAACCAUCAAUAGGCUGAAUGAAUUUUUUGCGGAGGCGGAAAAAGGCUCUUGUAGUACAUAUUGUGAGGGAUGUAUUGGCUGCAUCACCGCUUACUUGGUGUACAUGUGUUCGGAAACACACUACGAAAAGACGCUUCGCAAAAUUUCCAAAUUCAUCGCCUCCCAAAAUGAGCGAAUUUACAAUCCAAAAGGACUGCAAGUGAUCGAUCCCACGUAUCGAGGCUUGCGAGUCAUAGAAAUAUCUGUUUUAGAUCGUCUAGGACGGACGUGACUUCCGCUUUCCCAUUCGACCGAAGAAUUCUUCAUGUGAAAAUUUAUAAGACCAACGUUUGCGAUAAUCAAACAAAGACGAUGAAGAAAACGUAACACAAAUCGAGCUUCGAUUAUCCAAUGGUUUUUAUUAGGCUCUAGCAUUUCCUAAGCUAUGACGGAUUUUAUUAAGAAAACCAUUUUAAUUUAAUAUGUUUUAGUUAAACCUAAUUGUAUUUAUACAUAAUAUAUCACAUACUAAAUACUUUACUUAGUUCAAUAUCUAGCGGAAACUGCUAAUACGAAAAUGGUGUCAAUGAUCCUCGGAAAAAAGCCGCAUGAAAUCAAAAAAUUAGGCAUUUAAAAUUAGCUCCAUGCGAAUAAUUAUGAACAUUUUACAGACAGCGCCAUAUUUAUACUUACAUAUGUACAGAUAUAAUUGGAUUAAGCAAAUAUGUACUGCAUUUUGAGACCCAUUUUUCAUUAUUAAAGUAAUUGUGGCGUAGACAAUGAAAAAACUUGGUGCAUGAAUGAAAAAAAGUACUAAAUAAUUUAAGCUGCAGAGGUACGACGCUAACUAUAUGUAGUGUUUCAUGUAGAUCAGUUGUGUUUAUGCAAACAGUUUAGUAUAUUGAAAAAUAUAGAAACAUUCAAGCGAUAUAGUAUGUAUUUGUAAGUCACUGAUUAAAAUUGAACAAAAGUAAAAUAUUUAAUAAAUAUAGAUGUACGUAUAAGCGUUUUAGUUAAACCUACACAUGUAUUUAAUGCAUAAAAUAUUAAUAAAAAACAAUAAAUAUUGAAAUAAAGAAGAUGAAGUAGCUCGAAUUUCGAUUCGUAAUGAAGUGCAUUAAAUUUUAUAAUUAAACUAAACUCAGAUUCACAGUUUAAUUAUAGUGCACUUCUCUCCGCUAUUAACAA